UGUGCACAACAGAACUCCACGCAGUACACACGUUGUUGACGUCACACGGAGGACCAGCACCACAGCACACAGAAGCGAUUGAACUGAACAACAGAAAUUCUUGCUUUUACUGACAAAUUUUAACUUACCUUUUUAUAAGAAAGUUAGCCAUGUCGGUGAAUUACGCCGCGGGACUUUCUCCAUAUGCGGAUAAAGGCAUCUGCGGCCUCCCGGAGGUGUUUGACAGCCCAGAGGAGUUGAAGACUAAAGUGGAGACACUGGCCCAGUGGAUCAAAGAGUCGCAGUACAUGGUGGUGCAUUCAGGAGCUGGAAUCAGCACGUCCACAGGGAUCCCGGACUUCAGAGGUCCUAAAGGAGUGUGGACAAUGGAAGAGAGAGGCGAGACGCCUCACUUUAACACCACGUUUGAGGAUGCGCGUCCCAGCGUGACUCACAUGGCUCUGCUACAGCUGCAGAGGGCGGGACACCUCAAAUACCUCAUCAGCCAGAACGUAGACGGCCUUCACCUGCGCUCCGGCUUCCCCAGGGAUCGAUUGUCGGAGCUGCACGGGAACAUGUUUGUUGAAGAGUGUGAGAAGUGUGGCAAGCAGUAUGUUCGGGACACGGUAAUCGGAGUGAUGGGUCUGAAGCCAACCGGACGCAACUGCGAAGUCACACGUUCCAGAGGACUCCGAUCUUGCAGAGGGAAGCUUAUCAGCACUAUAUUGGACUGGGAGGACUCACUGCCUGACAGAGACCUGAACAGAGCUGAUGAGGCAUGUAGGCGAGCUGACUUGGCCUUGACGUUGGGUACAUCUCUUCAGAUUAAACCAAGUGGAGAUCUUCCUCUUCUAACCAAACGUACGGGAGGGAAGGUGGUUAUAGUCAACCUUCAGCCUACAAAACAUGACAAGCACGCCCACCUGCUUAUCCACGGCUACGUAGAUGAGGUCAUGAGCCAGUUGAUGAAGCUGCUAGGAUUGGAGGUUCCAGAGUGGGCGGGGCCGACGCUGUGUGAAAGCUCAGGUGGAGACCUGGACAUCCUCCCCUUUGGAGCCUGGAAGAAGGAAGUAAAGAUCGAGCUGAAGAUAGAGGAAAAUAAAGAUGCUGUCCCAAAGAAACGAAAGAAGAAAGAGCAGGGUGGUGAGAUAAACUGCAAGAAAGAUGUUAAAGUAGAAGAAGAGACAAAAGAAGGGGGAAAGGAAGCUGCGUUUAGUGACUCUCGACCAAUCAAAGCGCAGACGGACAUUGAACAGCCCUCUUCUUAGAGCCGUAUCACAAUCAGACAGAAACUGAAUGACACAUCUCAGGAAGUGUGGUCACCAUAUGCCCCGUGUUUACAUCGUCAGGAGGAAAGCCUAGACUCAAACCUGUUAGAUGCUGAGUUCUUGUAGGCACACUGAGCAGAAGGAAGUGAUGUCAUAGAGUGCAUGCUAUUACAGCUAGUUAGUGGAUAAUUUAGUUUGGUAUGAUUUCUAUUUGCCAGCUGAUCUCUGCAGUUAUUCUGGAUGGAGGUUUUGGUGAAUCAUGGUUUUGUGCUAUAAAAUAAUGUGAUCUUUUUUUUAACCUCUAAUAAAUCAGGUUUGUAAAAGUAAGGUUCACUGCAUUAAACACGUCUGAUACAGUUGAAGACAAAAUUAGUAGCCCCCCUAUGAAAUUUCAGUUAUUUUUCAAAUAUUUCCCAAGUGAUGUUUAAUAGAGCAAGGGAAUUUUAACACAUUCUUAUUAUAUUUUCCACUGGAGAAAGCCUUACUCAUUUCGAUUUGCCUGGAAUUAUUAAAAAAAAAAAAAAAAAAAAAGUCAAUAUUAUUCGCCCCCUUAAAGAGGAGGAGAGAGAGUGAGCCAAUCAGCAGUAUGGGGCGUGUCCAUUUAAGCUGAGGAUUAGUAUCUUGCAAAACAACUAGUAAAUUAAUAUGUGCUGAUGUGAUACUGUACUGAUAAUAUGUACUCAUGGCAAAGACAAAAGAAAUUUGUUUAGACUUGAGAAAAAGAAUUGUUAAAACUCACAAGGGAGGGGAAGGAUAUACACGUUUAUCAAAGCCUUUUUAAGUGUCAAGAACUACCGUGAGAUGUUUUAUCAAGAAGUUUGAAGAGACCCACACAGUGGAGAACAAGACUGGCAGAGGCAGGAAGCGAAAGAUUUCAAAAACUUUGAAAAGAAAACUAGUGAGAGAGGUUUCUAAAGACCCAAGAACAACUGCCAAGACACUAGUGAAUGAUUUAGCCAAGUCUGGGAUUGAUGUCUCAACGAAGAUGGUCACUAAAGCCCUGCACAGGAAUGGACUGCGAGAUUGCAGACCAAGAAAAACUUCUGAAGAAGAGACACCUCCAAGCUAGACUGAAGUUUGCCAAGGAUAACCUGGAGAAAAAUUAUGCAUACUGGAAAUGUGUCCUUUGGUCAGAUGAGACCAAACUACAGCUCUUUGGCCAUAGAGAUGUUGCAUAUGUUUGGAGAAAGAAGGGGAAGACGCUCAACCCAAAGAACACCGUUCCCACAGUAAAACAUGGCAGUGGGAGUAUAAUGCUGUGGGGAUGUUUCAGUGCGUUUGGGACUGGGAAUCCUGAAAAAGGAAGACGGUGAGAAGAUUUUGAAAGACAACCUCAGGCAAUCUGCAACAAAACUUGGUUUGGGCCGAUAAUUUGUCUUCCAGCAUAAUAACGACCCAAAACAUACCUCACUUCUGGUGAAGAACUACUUCCAAAUGAGCACAAAGCCCAGAAUUGAAUCCAAUAGAAAAAUCUGUGCACAAUGAAGACCAGAGUCCAUGCCAGGAGACCCAACAAAUCUGGAGGAGCUUGAGAGAUUUGCUAAGGAGGAAUGGGCUGUGGUGACUUAGGAGACAUGCCUGAAACUUGUUGAGAACUAAACAACAACAAACGACAAUACAUUAUUGACUAUUAAAGGGGUCCUUGAUUAUCCUAUGAUUGUCCUAUGAUUAUUUCACUUUUUUAACUUUAGUUAGUGUGUAAUGUUGCUGUUUGAGCAUAAACAACAUCGGCAAAGUUACAACGCUCAAAGUUCAAUGCAAAGGGAGAUAUUUUCUUUUACAGAAAUCACUUUUUAAGAACUACAACAAACAGCUGGUAGGGACUACAACAAGCUUCUUCCUGGGUUAGUGGCAUCACAAAUUCCAAAAUUUACAUAAACCCUGCCCCCAAGAACACACAACAAACGAGGGUCAACUCAAUGCUGGAUUUGCACAAAAGAUUAACAUGAUGGCACAUGCUAGUCGAUGAGCUGAAUCAACUCCAAAGAAACUACAUACAUGAGUCUCUCCAUCAGUGUCGACUCCGGUUUGAACAAUGUAAGGCUGAACACCGUUACUGACAAUCCUCAUUUUGACUGCGUGAGAUUCUCCAGCUUUGUUGUUGUUGAGCAACCGAAGCGUGAGCAUAAAAACGGCAUGUUUUUGCUCACACCCAAAUAGGGGCAAAUUUGACAAGCUAUAAUAAAUGAUCUGUGGGGUAUUUUGAGCUGAAACUUCACAGACACAUUCUAGGGACACCAGAGACUUACAUUACAUCUUGUAAAAGGGAUAUAAUAGGUCCCCUUUAACAUCAGAGGGCUAAUAAUUUUGACCAGUAGACUUUUUUAAUUCUUGGUUAUAAUUUUGUUUGUAUUUAUUAUAAUUAUUAUAUAUUAUUAUAAACACUCCAAGUUUCCUAAAUAAACUAUUAUGUUUAAAAAUGCUGUUUUGAAAAAAGUCUUUGCUCCAUUAAACAGCAUUUGGGAAUUAUUUGAAAAAUAAUUAAAUAUUUCAUAGGCGGCUAAUAAUUUUGUCUUCAACUGUAUUUCACCCCAAUAUCAAAAGAAAUAAAUACAAGAUUAUAAAAUGGCAAUUAAGCACAUUUACCCACAGUGUAGCCUUAUUUUUCGUAUUUUUAUUUAUAUAAUUUACUAUAUUCUCAAUGAUUUUUAUUAGGUUCUCAUAAUACAAUGUAUUUAUGAUUGUACACCAAAUAUUACUAAAAUCUAUGAGUAUGUACAGUAUCUCACAGAAGUGAGUACACCCCUUUUUUAUAUCUUUUCAGAAAUGACACUUUGCUACGAUGUAAAGUAGUGAGUGUACAGCUUGUAUAACAGUGUAAAUUCGCUGUCCCCUCAAAAUAACUCAACACGCAGCCAUUAAUGUCUAAACCGCUGGCCACAAAAGUGAGUACACCCCUAAGUAAAAAUGUCCAAACUGGGCCCAAAGUGUCAAUAUUUUGUGUGGCCACCAUUAUUUUCCAGCACUGGCUUAACCCUCUUGGGCAUGGAGUUCACCAGAGCUUCACAGGUUGCCACUGGAGUCCUCUUCCACUCCUCCAUGACGACAUCACAGAGCUGGUGGAUGUUAGAGACCUUGCGCUCCUCCACCUUCUGUUUGAGGAUGCCCCACAGAUGCUCAAUAGGGUUUAGGUCUGGAGACAUGCUUGGCCAGUCCAUCACCUUUACCCUCAACUUCUUUAGCAAGGCAGUGGUCGUCUUGGAGGUGUGUUUGGGGUCGUUAUCAUGUUGGAAUACUGCCCUGCAGCCCAGUCUCCGAAGGGAGGGGAUCAUGCUCUGCUUCAGUUUGUCACAAUACAUGUUGGCAUUCAUGGUUCCCUCAAUGAACUGUAGCUCCUCUCCAGUGCCGGCAGCAUUCCCACCAUGCUUGACUGUAGGCAAGACACACUUGUCUUUGUACUCCUCACCUGGUUGCCACCACACACGCUUGACACCAUCUGAACCAAAUAAGUUUAUCUUGGUCCCAUCAGACCACAGGACAUGGUUCCAGUAAUCCAUGUCCUUAGUCUGCUUGUCUUCAGCAAACUGUUUGCGGGCUUUCUUGUGCAUCAUCUUUAGAAGUGGCUUCCUUCUGGGACAACAGCCAUGCAGACCAAUUUGAUGCGGUGUGCGGCGUAUGGUCUGAGCACUGACAGGCUGACCCUCCACCCCUUCCAUCUCUGCAGCAAUGCUGGCAGCACUCAUAUGUCUAUUUCCCAAACACAACCUCUGGAUAUGACGCUGAGCACGUGCACUCAACUUCUUUGGUCGACCAUGGCGAGGCCUGUUCUGAGUGGAACCUGUCCUGUUAAACCGCUGUAUGGUCUUGGCCACCGUGCUCCAGCUCAGUUUCAGCGUCUUGGCAAUCUUCUUAUAGCCUAUGUCAUCUUUAUGUAGAGCAACAAUUCUUUUUUUUCAGAUCCUCAGAGAGUUCUUUGCCAUGAGGUGCCAUGUUGAACUUCCAGCGACCAGUAUGAGAGAGUGAGAGCGAUAACACCAAAUUUAACACACCUGCUCCCCAUUCACACCUGAGAGCUUGUAACACUAACAAGUCACAUGACACCAGGGAGAGAAAAUGGCUAAUUGGGCCCAAUUUGGACAUUUUUACUUAGGGGUGUACUCACUUUUGUGGCCAGUGGUUUAGACAUUAAUGGCUGUGUGUUGAGUUAUUUUGAGGGGACAGCAAAGUUACACUGUUAUACAAGCUGUACACUCACUACUUUACAUUGUAGCAAAGUUUCAUUUCUUCAGUGUUGUCACAUGAAAAGAUAUAAUAAAACAUUUACAAAAAUGUGAGGGGUGUACUCACUUCUGUGCGAUACUGUAUAUGUAAUUAUUUUAACAAUGAGAAUGAUACAUUUGUCACAUGGGGAAUAUGCUUAAUUGUCAUGGCACAAUGCAAAAAACAACUUAAUAAUAGGCUUUGUCUUUAUGCAACAUUUUUAUUGUUUUGUUUUAUUUUGAGAUGAAAAAUGACUCAGAAGCUUUCAAACUUAAAGGAAAAAAAAAGUCAAAUGCUUUUGCAUGCGAUUUAAUAAGUUUGUUAAACACAUUUGUGUGUGUGUGUGUGUGUGUGUGUGGAGACUGGAGAGAAUGAGUGUUUGCUUGAGCUAUUCAUAUUAGUUGUGUAACGUGUAAUGCUUCAUAACGUCCUCUUCUUUACUAAUUUUCCUACAUUGAUAAGAUGUUUAUUGAUUAUUUUGUUUCUGUCUUAAGUGACAUACUGUUUAAGUUCAUUGUUUUUGUACUUUUACAAUAAAGUUGUAUAAAAAAGAUGAUGAAACUGUCA